UUCCCCGACAAAAGUAGUACUCCUCCCCCUCCUCAUCAGCGACGCGUGCACCAUGAGGAUUAUAUUGCUGGUAAUCCCGGCAUGUCUGCUCGCCCUAACGGAAGCGCGGCGAGUGCAGAUCCGGCCUCGCGUAACGGAGCCUCAAGUGUACUACGAGGAACAGGACAACCAGGCCGCAGAGGACGAAUUCGAUACCGUGGCGGUUUAUCACCCGCGCACCCGCGCCCUUCCUUCGCCACGAUCCAAGGAUGCGCUGCACGGGUCGAAGCCGCCGCCGGUGCAGACUAUUAGGAACUACAAUAAAGUUAACGACGACGGGUCCUUCACCUUCGGCUACGAGGCGGCCGACGGUUCUUUCAAGGAGGAGACCCGCGGCACCGACUGCGUAGUGCGCGGUAAAUACGGCUACAUCGAUCCGGACGGUAAUAAGAGAGAGUUCACCUAUGUCUCGGGAAAUCCCUGCGAUCCAAACGCGCCGAAGGAUGAAGAAGAAGAGGAGGAAAAGGAGGAAGAGGAGCUCCCGGGGCCGGCGAAUUAUCCCGUCGUCAGACCCAUACCCCGACCUGUCUCAGUGAGACCCACGUAUCAUCAGCCGACCACUACUCGUCAACCUACCACGAUAUUCCAGACCGAGUACCAGCUCGACGACGACGCCAGCCAGGAGCUGACCGAGGAUGAUCUGAAACCGCAACUGCGACCGUCAGCCUUUAGAAGACCCUCGACCAUAGUGCAAGUCACCCCCUCCUCCGCCAUUUACGAAUCUUCGCAGUCCGCCAGUCCGUCUCUUUUUAGGCUAGCUUCCACCCCCCAGUAUACCACUGCGGCGCCUGUUCUCCGUAGCCAGCCCACGGUCACUUCGUCCGUCUACCAGUCGCUCGAGACCACCACUCGCCGGCCGGUGUCCCGUCAUCCCAGGCCCCAAUCGGUCGCGAUAACCCCACGACCCCACGUCGCCCAAGUAGCCGCGCAAUACGUCUCCCCUAGUAGCACCGAACGUCCCAGCAGUCUGCUCUACGCCCAGACCCACCCCACGAUAUCGCCAUUGCGCACCACGACCGCCGCUAGUGCGCCCCACCUCGACUUCGCUGCCGAGCUCGAGCGUUACGUGAACACGGUCGGCUCACACGUGUCCGCCGCCCCCGUUGCGAGGCCCCAGACCGCCCAAGCAUCGCCCCAAACCAACUCGAGAGUUAAGCUGACCGGUCAGACGUCGGUCACCGCCGGUUCCGCAGCCGCUGAACCCAUCUACCAAUCGGAGCUCGUGUACGAUCCCGCGACCGGUCAGUACAAUACCCAGCUUUAUCAGACAUUACCCCAAACCGUGGGUGACUUUAGCCUCAGUCACAAACUCCAACCGUUCGUAGCCCAGCCCCAGUCCCUAAUCGGCCUGCAGCAGCUCCAGCAGUACCAGCAAUCCCAGCAAUCCCAGCGUCCGGUCUAUAAGCAGGCCCAGUCGGCGCCCAGUCCGACCGUAGCCCAGCCUCAGGAGGUCCUCUACAGGAAGCAGCAGGCGCAGCUGCUGCAGCAGUCCCAGCAGCUCUACGCGCAGCAACAACGCCGCCAGCAACAGCAGCAACAACCACACAGGCUCCAGCUGCUGGAGUCGCAGAGAGAACCCCAGGCGUUCUAUUACGUCGCACCCCUGAAGGCCUCCGCCGCCACCUCGUCCCUUUCAGUAGGUCAGAUCGAUCAGUUUCUCCGAGGUAGCGGCGCUAAUAACUACUGAUGUAAUCUGAGUUGCGAUUCUUAAAAGAGAUCUCCCUCGGAUCCUCGAAUCGCCCCUCGUCGAUAUUUAUCACUCGGUAUCGCCUCGAGCGUUCCUCGCGAAUUAAAUCCUCCGCUGAGGAUCUUGCGCCGAUCACAGGUCAUAAUGUCGGCCCGUGCGUACACAGAGGGUAUUACAUAUAAGUACAUGCAUUAUAUAUAAAGUAUAUAUCUCACGUGGUGGCGCCAAAGCUGGGAUAUGUCAAAUAUAUCGCCGAGUGAAUGGCACACACGAGCGCUUCGAUUGCAUGCGUUGUACGCGGGGAAUGCGUGUGCAGUAAAUAUUUAAUAUAAUCCGCGCGACGACGCGCGAGAAAGGCGCGCGGCGAGCAUAGUUGCGAUGAAAAGUAUCGGCGAUAAUAAAAGGCCGCGGAUUUUUACCGUCGCGGAUUUUACCGUGUAUUGCAGGAAACGCGAAACUUUCCAAGAAAACAUAUUCAAGGUUCAUUAUUACGAACGGAUCUUGCGGUCUUACCGUAAUUUUCAACUUUGCAGUAAUGCGAGACUUUCCGAAUUACCGUAUUCCCGAUAGGCGCGCUUUCAUGCCUCGAUAUGUCCGUAUGUAAUUGUAUAUAGCGCUCGCUUUUCCGUCCAAUGCGUGUCUCAAAGCGUUCUUGCGCCUAUCCGCUCGUCUCGGCUAGCGCGCGAACGUAACAUUAUCCGUCGACGACGCAAUCGGAGAACGAAGGUUAAAGAGAUUAAAGUAUGUGAUAAUGGAUGGAGGAACCGCGCGCGUACGAUUACAUGGAUAAUGUAACUCGUAACAAUAACGGAGAGCCAAGUGGCAAAACGUGAUACGUGACAAAAAAUUUAAAUCCUCUUAGAUAAUCAUAUCUUUAUGUUUUUUUUUCUCCAUAAUUUCCAGUUGAAUAAUCUCGUCGUAAAUCUUCAUUCCGUCCGAACACAUAACGAGGAAAGAAUUAUUCGAGCGAGUUCCAGCGUCGUUUCGCUAACUGACAACUUGUUGAAACAAUGCGUUCAUUAAGAAUAGUGAAAUUUUAUUUAUUCGCGCGUCGAGAGUUGACACCGAAUGAGGUUCCUUCCGUUUUCUCAGGCCGAUUCCGAGAACACCUCUCUUUCCACUCGAGUAUCGUGCAUUUAUGAGGCAUGUUAGAGAGUGAAAGCCAACGACCUGACGCAAUACUCACGCACGCAUGUACGAUGUAUUACCGUGGCAAUUUCUCGCAGAUCCCUAACACCGGCACUGUCGUAAAGGUAUAUCCACGAAGGUUCACGAUACAAACGGAACACUUCGUCGCGCGGCCGCGCGGACCUUUUAUUCACGACCCCGUAAGCCCAAGCCACGUAAUAAUGCUCGACUCGAUUACAAAACGUCGAUCCAGUGCAACAUCGAGUCGCAUGAAAGGCGAGUGAAACGCGAUCAAGCAAAAGGGGAUAAUUAGUCGAAUCAAAACCGUCGGUGUUUCGAGAUACUUUCGAUUAGGCAUACAAUGUUGCACAUCCAUACCUAUUGUAUCAUAUAAUGCAUAGAAUGCAUUGUAUGAUAUAAUAGGAUGCAGUUAAUUCUUCAAUCUCGUCUAUCCUAAUCUUUCUCAAGAUUUUCAAAACUCCAACCAUGUGUGCAUAAAAUGUUAAGAAAUAAAUCGUAUGUCACUAGAUUUUAUAUUUUUUAAAUUAAAAAAUAAUUCGAAAUCUAAUAAAU